AUGGUGGCGAGGAAGCGGUGGGUGUGGUACCCUCGCCUCGUCAAACGUCGCAAGGAAAAGUUGGCCGUAGAGGCAGUGAAAACGUCUCCAAACAAUGUUAGCAUGCGUGGCAAGCGAGACAUUGCCGGGGCAGCUUCGAGGGGCAGGAAGACGUCUCCUUUGGUGGUGGCCACAAAAGACACGAAGGCGGCACGAACCAAUGUCAUUUCCGAUAACGCUGCCGCACCAGAUAUGAAGGUGCGUAGCGUGCCCUCUGUGACGUCGCCUCCAGGAGCACCUCUCUACGCCAAGGAAUACUGCCCGCCGUACCCGACGCGGUGGUACCAGCUUGGUCCCCCGCUGUUCGCUGACCGAGUACGGGAGCUAUUGCUUGCGCGUCCACUGAUGGCUGCUCAUCCCUCUGCGGUGGUGAUGGGUGCCUCGCUUGCUGACGAGGAGGCGCUCUCGUGGCUGUUCCCAGCUGUGCAUAACGGGGAGUGGUUCGCCACACCGUGGGAGUUUAUCGAUCACUGCAGGUCGAUCCCACAUAAGCUGUUGUGCGAGAAUGCCCCGCUCAUUCCACUUAUGACUUUUCGAAAGACACAGAGAAGACGCUCUACGCCGCCUCCUGCAGCUGGGAUAACGGCGGGGUCUUUGGGCGACAAGGAGGCGGAGGUAGAGGCGGUGACGCACCAUCCGGACAGGGCGGCCUCUGAGAGUUUAGCCGAAGUGCGACAGGCGUAUUACUGGUGGUUUGUGCACCUACACACCACUCUGGUGCGGUUUGGCCAACAUGAUUGGGGUGCCUACCUGGCGUCAAAGGGAAACGCGGUGAGGCUCAGGCAUCUGGACUGUGUAGGGAGAGUUUGGGGCUGUUAUCGUAUGUUUCAGACGGCGGUAGCGGACGCGGUGGCGCGGCGCUUGGCAUCCUCCUCGCAGCUUGUAUGGCAGGCAUUGCCCGAAGCAACGUUCACCGUGGCGUGCAUCGUCCUGGAGGUGUACGGGCGCAUGUCAUACGAGAUGCUGCAUCUGCACAGUAUCGGUGGGCUACGCGUCGAAGACAUGGCGCGUCCUUCAUGCAUGUAUGGGGACCAAGUCAUGUGGGUGAACGAUGAUCCCACUACAGACGCCAUCGCCGCAGCCGCCAUGGCGACGGCAAAGCAGAAAUCCUCGUUGGCCGGGUGUGAGCGGGCGGCAAUCAUAGCCCUUGCUGUGCAUUUGGCAAAAACAGUAACGGGUGUGCAUUACGUGGAGGGAAACAAUGGGUCAUGCGUCGAUGAUGAUGUCGCGCCUGCUACCCUGAGGCCAGGACCAUUCUCAGCAGCGUCGGGGACUGAAGCAGCGGCUGGUCUCUUCUCGCAUAUGUGUUUACCCGCGGAUGGCAAGGACGAGGAGGGACAAAUUAUGGCGCUCGUGAUGUGGCUGUGCCUCGCCUACACCGCCGAGCCCACACCCACGCAGGCUGCGGUCCAACCACGAACCCAGACGGAGUGCGGAGAGCAAAACCACCUUCACGGCAGCGCACGCAUGAAUAUCUGCCGAUGA